GCGCCGCCAGCUUCUGGAAUUUGACGAUAGCUCACUGCGACAUCAUCCACGCUUAUUCACUCCAUCACCCCUCCUCUCGCUCGCGCCUCUCCUUCCUUCUUGUCGACACCGUGCAGCAUUCAAUUGACUUUGUAUAUGCUGCAAACACCAUGUCGACCACAAAGGAGGCCAAGAAGCCGCUGCACUAUCCCUUCUGGUUCGGAGGGAGCGCAAGCUGUUUUGCUGCGUGCGUAACGCAUCCGCUAGAUCUGGUCAAGGUGCGCCUUCAGACGCAGAAAGCAGAGGGUCCACGCAAGAACAUGCUCCAAAUGACCCUUCACGUCGCAAAGCAAGAUGGUUUCUUAGGCCUCUACCGCGGUCUCUCCGCGUCCAUCCUCCGCCAAAUGACAUACUCCACAACGCGCUUCGGCGUAUACGAAGAACUCAAAUCCCUCUCCACAACACCUACCUCUACGCCCUCAUUCCCUGUCCUCAUCGCCAUGGCCAGUACAUCCGGCUUCCUCGGCGGUGUCGCCGGCAACCCGGCCGACAUCAUAAACGUCCGCAUGCAAAACGACGCGGCCCUGCCACCUGAGAAGCGACACAACUACCGACACGCUAUUGACGGGAUAAUCCGCAUGUCGCGGUCCGAGGGACUCGGCAGUCUGUUUCGGGGCGUGUGGCCGAAUAGUGCGCGGGCAGUGCUCAUGACGGCGUCUCAGCUGGCCUCCUACGACAUCUUCAAGCAACAAUUACAGAGACGACUCGAGAUGAAGGAGGGCUUGACGCUGCACUUUUCUGCGAGUUUAUUGGCUGGGUUUGUGGCUACGACGGUGUGUUCGCCAGCGGACGUGAUCAAGACCCGGGUUAUGAGCUCGACGAAGAAUGGCAGUUUGGUGGGCUUUGUGUUGAGCUUGUUCCAGAAAGAAGGCUUUACGUGGAUGUUUCGUGGGUGGGUGCCGAGUUUUAUUCGGUUGGGCCCGCAUACGAUCGCAACCUUCUUGUUCCUGGAGCAGCACAAGAAGAUCUACAGAAAAGUCUAUCACAUAGACGAAAAGGCUGCAUAAUCAGGCAUUAGCUGCCUCGUAAACGACAAUCCUGGACCGUUGUACAAAUGGGCUGGACCAUUUGGAGUUGCGUUUGAAUAUAAUUUAGCUGCAUUCGCAUGGCGUUGGAAAUUUGAUAGUCUCUUAUUGGUCCUUCGAGCGCCAUUGAUUCCUUAGCUAGCGAUAGAACUCACUUGGUAAUAUAUAGGAAACGAAAACGGAUGGAAAGAUGACUUUUCUCUUUGAAUUUCUCAUCUUAGCACCGCGAGACUAGCAGGACAAGUUACAGUGACUGCAUCAGUCUCACAGGCCGUGUGAUAGUAAUACCGACAAUGUCAACGCCU